UCCAUGGCGGCGACGCUGGCGGCCGCGCGGGCCGCCCCUCCCCCGCGACGCCCCGAGUGCGGCGCAGGCGCCACGGCACAAUGGGUGGCUCGGCGGGGGCGGGACAAUGGGCCGCGCCUCAGUCCCCGCCCACCAUCUCCGCUCAGGCUCGGCGCCGCCGGCCUCAGUCCUCCCGCCGCUCCGCGCGCACGCGCAGUCCUCACCAGCAGGUUCGCGGCGCCCAAGCAGCCCGGCCCACAGCGCCCCCUACCAGCCCGAGGCCUCCAACCAGCCAACAGCUUCCAGCGCCCGGCCUCAGCUCCCCCAAUGUGCCAAGUGGAGUUUGAGAUGGCUUGCGCUGCUAUCAAGCAGUUGAAGGGACCUGUGAGUGAUCAGGAGAAACUGUUAGUGUACAGCUUCUACAAACAGGCCACCCAGGGCGAUUGCAACAUUCCUUCCCCGCCUGCUACAGAUGUGAAAGCCAAGGCCAAGUGGGAGGCAUGGAACGAGAACAGAGGGAUGUCCAAGAUGGAUGCCAUGAGGAUCUAUGUUGCCAAAGUGGAAGAACUGAAGAAAAACGAUACUGGUUAAGGAGGACAGAGUGUCAAACAGAAUGAAGUAGCAGGGCUUCUCUGGUAGGGAAAAGGGCUGCUUAAAAGACUGAUGGCGGAAACACCCUGAAACCAUAGCCACCAUAGCUGAGAGACAUCAAUAAAUCACUUAAACUGCAUGAGAGUGAGUGAAUGUUGUUGGAAAGGUGAUUAAACUCAGUGACUGUGAGAGUCCUGGGGAGGUGUCCGAAAUAUAUAAAAAGCAGCUCUCCUCUGGGGAAAGUUCCAUCACAACUGGCUUUAUGAUUUGGAGUUAAGAGUUCCCAGCCUUUCUAUUUCAAGAGUAUAUGCAGAUGCCUGGCAGUAGAGGGGUUGAGGGAAGAACCAUGCUAUGAAAAU